AUUGAGCACUUUGAGAAUUUCUGAAGCUGCUCCGGCGUGUGUUGUGUUUGAGUAUUUUUUAGCUCAACAAAUUUUGAGUUAAACUUGAUUUUGCAAAUUUGAGUAUUCACAGUGAAGCUAAAUGAAUCGACUUUUGCAUCUAGAAAGAUCAGUUUGUGUUUUAGAUACUCAACAGAUGAACUGAUCAAGUCCCGCUGAAUUCGAAAUUUCGAAAAAUCCAUCUCCAUUUCACAUUUUUUCAUCUCGAUUGACGGAUUUCACGUUGAUUCGAUGGUUAUUUGAGUAGUUAUUUCUCCAUUUGAUUUCCUGUCCAAUCCAAUCUGCUAAAGAAUUCGAGCUAUGAGAACUGUUCGUUGAUAACUUCAUCAUGAGUAAAAAACCCGACGCAGACUUCGUCUUUAAUAUUCAUCCUGUCAAGCAAGCACUCACACAUAGUUUUCUACUGAGACAAUACAGACAUCAUGUUUUCGCCGGAUUGAAUACCCACACCGAUGCUAGCUUGGUGAACGACCCCGACGACGCUAGCAACUUCUAUCAACCUCCUCCAGUCAUAAUCAAGAAACCGAUACCUUGUCUAUCUACUACUUAUGUACCAGAUCAAGAAUACCCUUGUAACGGUGAUUGUGUUUUGAAACUAGUCAAAGAGAAAUUAUCGUGGAAGAGAAAAGAUAAACUGUGGAAAAAUUUAGCCAGAAAGUCUUUAAGAAGUUAUGAUAUCAUGGAUAAAAUACGUACUGAAUUAAAGAGAGAUGAUUGUAUAAAUUCGUUACCCUAUGUUAUUACCAGAUUAGUUAAUCACGCUUCCCAUAACCCGGAUGAACAUUUCGAAGGGGUUUACAACUGGUAUUAUGGGAAUUCUAUCGCAACUGCGGAUUUCGGUGGACAAACGUGUCUUUUAUUCGCUGGAGGGAAGCAAAGACACGAAUUUUAUUUUUCAUUCUACGAUCGAUCCAGUGCUUCGGUUGCAGUUCCUGAAGUUUCUCCCAAGAUGAAAAUACCUCUUGCAGAAGAUACUCCUAUCUACGAUAUUAUUCCUGGAAAAGAUUACAACAGCGUCGGCGUCAGGCAACGUAACUAUUGUUACUUCUUUGUGUACGAUGACAAUAACGAAGAUAUCGUAUUGAACAAAUGUCUAAAAGUGAAAAAAAACGAACAUCCUUUCGUCGGUAUGGACUCCUUCGAACGUGAAUUUUGUACAAUCGAUUCUGGCAGAUAUGUUAAUUUAUGGUCACCUCAUGUUAGAAAAGACCCAAUCUGCUCAUUUACUUUACCUCCGAGUGAUACCAGUUUACCAGAUAAAUUCGCUAGGAUCAGAUACUCCGCAACAGCAAAAUCUCAAGCGUUGACCAUUAUCGAUAGAAAACAACUGUAUUUUUACGAUGACAGGAUCAACUUUGAGAAACCAGUUUCGGUUUUUGAUCCUUCGAAAAUGGUCGAAUUAUGCGAAGAUCUAUGUUUAUUGGUUCCUUCUCUAGUCGAUAAUUAUUGGUAUCUCGGGUCGACUCAUUCGUGUCUGAUGUUCGAUGCCAGAGCUGGAUUUGUUCAAAAAUGGACCCAUAUGUUGUCACAAUCGCCUAGUGUCGGAUCGACUAUACGAAUCAAUAAAGAAAAAGCAUCGCUCAAGGAGUGUUUCUUAUUGGGAACUCAAAGUACAGGCGAAAUUGUAGCUAUUUAUAAUAAAUGGACUGCAAAUGGCCCCAAGUCCGACGUGUUACCUGUUGAAGUUCCUAAUAGAAUCGAUACGUUGCACGAAGCUCGAUGCAAUAGCCUAUUAACAGAUCCUUCGUUAACCAAAAAAUUUUCACACAGUCUCAUCGGUAUAGCUCCUUACAAGAAGAAAAAAAGAAUAGGUUUAUUUUCAUUAUCCAGCACCGGAGACGUUUAUCAUCAGUGUAUUCAAAAACGAUCCAGUUCUUCACCUUGGCGUCCCGAAGAGCAAACCAAACUCCAAGAAGUUGAACUGAAUCAUUUAAAAGACUGGCAAACUGGUUACCUGCGAGAUGAAAAAAAGCAAAAAAGUACAAUAACGGUGACUCGCGUAGUCAACAUGAGACCUUUUUCAGAAAAUAUUCCAUUCCAUAAUCCUGAAAUACCUACUUACAAUCGACCUGAUUUAAGCGGCAGAGCUAUAUGGAAAAAAUCGAAAAAAACCUUGGAAUCGUUUCGAGAUUUUCUAACACCCACCCUCCUCCAUGAUUUUGGAAUAGAUGAACAAUCAGAAUGGGGCUCCGAAGAUGAAGAGCAAUUUGAAACGGUACCGAAUGUUACUACAUCGAGCUAUGGAAAAGUUAGCGUCUGGUUGAGCUCGGUCAAAACCGAAGAAAUGGAUAAUUUCGUCGACGUCGAUGAACUGUUCGUGAAAACCGAAGAACCAAAGGAAGAAGAUAUCGAGCAGGAGAUCGAGGAUCUUGAGGUAUCUGUUUCUUCGGAUGAGUCGGUUGGUCAUAGCAGUCGUAUGAGUUAUGGGUUUGCUUGAUUUUUAUUGUUGAAAAGUUCGUGAUUUUUAUUGGUUUGAUGUUUUGCUAUUAUUGAUGAGGUUCUUGGUGGUAUUUUUCGUGAUAUUAAUUCUUUGUUAGAAAUAUAUGCGUACAAAAAAUGAUCCACUCUUUCAAGAUUCUUUCGAAUGGAACGAAUCGUUCAAUUGAACGGUGAGAACUGUCAUAAAAGUGCUCAAUAAGCAAUAUUGAGUUCGAGUUUUUUAAAAUUAAUUUUCUUGUUUCGUUUUUUUUUUAAAUCAUAAUUUUAUUUUGUUUGUCAAAAUGCAUUUUUAAUUCAGAUGUUCAAUUUUUUUCCAAAUUAAAAUAGUCUCAAGCGGGAAAAAAUAGAGUUUUUUUUUUAGCCAAAAAAGUCAUGUAAUUUCAAGUUCAACUUCUUACGUAAAUUAAAAAAGUAUUGACUGGAACAUUAAUUUCAAUUUGUAACGUUUUGUGUUUUUUUUUGGUAAUUUUUUUUCUUCACAAAAACGUCUUGCUCGCAUUUUACCUCUUUUUUGGUAAUUUUUUUGAGCAUUUUUGGUUUCUAAAGUUACCUUUUUUGGGGGGGGGGGAUGAAUACGAGCCCUGGCAAUAAAAUAUUGGCUGAGCAGUGGUCCCAUCCCUCCUUUACUCAUCUGUGUAAAAAAUUGUUGUUGCUGUUUUUUUUUUUUUUUUUUUCAAUAAAGUAAGGGCCUUCUUUAGUUUUUGUUUUUGUUCCAGCAGUCGAACUUGCUCUCACUAUCUAUCUAGUCCUGUUUUUGAAGAAAUUUGUGUGGGAUCGACUUCAAAUUUUAAAUUUUUUACGGUGUUCCAAUUUCUUUUUCAAGUUGAGAAGUUUGUUCCUAUUUAUGGCGAUGGGACAAAGCAAUGGUAGGUACAGAAUUUUAAAAAAUUGUUGAGAUUUAAAAUUUUCGACAUCAGAGAAGGCUUUUUAUUUUACUGCACCCUUUUUAAAAAAACAAUGUGAGCAUAUUUGGCAAAGCAUGGCAAAAGCUCAAAUUUUUAGAAAUUUUUUCGGAUUUUGGCAUCAAAAGACGAGUUUUUUCACCAUCCCUCUUUUUUUCUGGCCAAAAAAAAAAUUAGAAAGAGCCUGUUUUUUUUUUGUUUUUAAUAGAAACUUAUUGGAAUUUGUCCAAGCAACAGGGAUGAGACCCCGGACAAUUUUUUUCGGGUUCCAGGUUUCGGGGCAUGGGCUUUCAAUCAAAAAUUUAUUAGGUCUUGGGCUCGGAUUGGAGCUCAGGAAACUUUGAGUUUAGGUUUCAGGGCUCAGUGUCCAGGGCUUGAAUGAAGUGUUCAGGGCUUUUCGGGGCUUGAAAUUGAGGGGUCAUGGAAAAGGGGCCUUUGUCAUUUUUUUUGUUUUUUUUUUCGUUUACAAUUUUGAAUGUAUUAAAUUUUUUUAUCAAUUUCACCAUAUUUCAGUGAUAUUGAACUGUUCUUACAUGAAAAAAAAAACGAAUUGGAAAAUGUUAGCUUGUAGAAACAUGUUUCAAGUCUAUUCGAUGAUUCGACCUUAUAAAAAUCAGUGAAAAAAAGUUGACUAAAGCCCCUUUUCCAUGAAGCCCCUCAAUUGCAAUUUCAAUUUUAACGAAGAAUAAAGUAAAAUCUAAUUUGAUUUUCUGUUGAAAAAAAAAACAUUUCAAGAGCAGAUUUCGAUUGCUUUUUUCAAAAUUAUUUGAAUGAAACAGUUUUUUUUUUUUUUUUUUAAAUCAGAAUUAAAUUUUUUUGAAAUUUUUAAUUAUUGUCCAAAUUUUUCAAGUAUUAUUUUUCAAAGAACAAUGAACUACCUACAUAUUAUUAUAAAUAAUGUACCAAAAACAAAAAAAACCACUCUUGAGGUGUCACUCCCGAAAUCGGCUCAAAUGUAGAUAAACUCGUUAAACAGGUCGAGUAUAAUACACAACUCGAUUUUUAGUUGCCCAACUUCAUAUUCACGCCUUCUGGAGCAAAUUCAAAAUUCUGGAGAAAUUGAAAAUUCGCGCUGGAGGCUCCAGAACGGCUGGAAAUGGUGAAAUUUGAAUUUGGGUAAUUAAUAUUAGUUUUGAGACUUAUUUCGACCAUUUUUAUUGAUCAAGUACGUAUUUUUAAAAAAAGCAUAAAUUGCCAAAAACAGUCAAUUUUGAAUUUUCAAAAUUCGCCAAAAAUCGAAAAAUGAACUUGGGCAGCUGAAAAUUUGGUUUUGGGGGUUUUAGACUAUGUUCUUUCCAAAAAUCGCAGUCGCGUUCAAAUAGGAGUGUGACACCUCAAGAGGUUCCCUUAUUAGCCGAAAAGGUCAUGCACCUAAUUUCAAGUUCAACUUUUUACGUAAAAAUUAAAAAAUUAGACUAGAACAUUCCUUUCCAAUAUUUUGUAACUCUGUUUUUUUUGUUGUAAUUUUUUCUGCAUGAAAACGUUUUGCUCGCGUUUUUUAUCUCCUUUUUAGUUACUUUUUUGAGCAUUUUUGAUUACUAACGUUGCCUUUUUGGGGGGAGGGGGGAGGGGAUGAAUACGAGCCCUGGCAAUAAAAUAUUGGCUGAGCAGAAGUUCCAUCCCCAUCCCUCCUUUACUCAUCUGUAUAAAAAAUUGUAUUAUUGUUGUGCUUGUUGUUUUUGAAUGAAGAAAGGGCCCUCUAUGGUAGGUAUUUGUUUUUGUCCCAGAACUCGAACUUGCUCUAAUGCUCUCACUUCUAUCUAGUCCUGUUUUCAAAAAAAUUUGUGAAAUUGACUUCGAAUUAUUAUAAUUUUUUUUCUGUGUACAUAUGUAUUUCUUUUUCAAGUUAUAAAGCUUGUUCCUUAUGUUCCUAUUUAUGACGAUGGGGCAAAGCGAUGGUAGGUACAGAAUGUCAAAUUUUCAACUUCAGAGAAGGCUUUUUAUUCAAUUGCACCUUUUAUAAUUUUUUUUUUUUUUGUUACAAUUACCUAUUGAAAAGGAACAAUAACUUACGCGAUGGUGAGGCCAUAGGAACAUAUUUGGCAAAGCGUGGCGAGAACUCAAAUUUUUAGAAGACAGAUUUUGGAAUCAAAAAUCAGAAGAAGAGUUUUUUCGUUUUUCUUUUUUUUUUCUGGCCCUAAAAAACCUAGAAAGAACCUGUUUUUUUUUGUUUUUUUUUUUAAAUAGGUACAUACAUAGAAAUUUAUUGUAAAAGAAUAACGAAUCCAGUUGCAUCGACUAUAUUUUGUCCAAGCAAAGCUGUGGUGUAAAUUUAUUGAAAAAUUCUAGAUUUUAGCAUCAACCAACUCUCAUUACUCUAUUACCCUUGUUGAAGUAAAAUGUAAAUGAAAUUACGUUGAUAAGAUUUUAACAGGGUGGAUUUUGAGUGAAUAAUUUCUGCAAUGCCCAAUUUUGUGUGCUCUCAAUCAACAAAUAAAGCUCACCUCAAAUUCAAAACCUGGAAAAGUUAUUUUUUGUUCUUUUCUCAUGUCAUUCGCGAAUUCAUACUAAGUGGCUGACAUCUGGCGGAUUUUUGCGUAAAUGCUGAAAAGGGGGAACUGUGCAAAAUUGUGAUAAGACAUUUUUAUAUUGUGGAAUAUUUUUUAACUCAAAUUUGCAACUGAAUGAUUCAGAUUUGAGUAAUUGAAAAAAUUCAUGACACCAGAACUCAUUUGCAAACGUAUUUUAAACAAAAAUGAGAAAAUUGUAUAUCAGCAAAAGAGUCGUUUAAUGUCUUUGAGUAAAGAAAAAAAAUUGUUGGCCACUAAAUUAUUAAUUUUUGCGUUGUGAAUUGUAAUCUGAUUGGUCAAUAGUCUCCAGUUCCCCCUUUUCAGACAAUAACAACAGCGAUCCAAGCGAUUCGUGAAUUCGCGAAUUGUCUUACGUUCUACAUUUUUAAUUUUUUUCGUGAGCAACUGAGCAUCAGUUUUUCAGUUUUAUAUUUUUAAUUAUGUCCGUGAAAAAUUAAUUGUAAGUUUGUAACCAACGAAACUAAAAUAAAAUGUGAUAUAUUUACCUAUACUAAUUAGGUAAACUAGUAAUUAAAUAAUUAAAUAAAUAAAAUAAUGAAUAAAAAUUUUCGUGAUUUUUCA